AAAAGGGGUUCGUUUGGUACACUGUACUUCUCUCAAAUGGUACACAGUAAAAGGAUUUGGACUUUAGCGAACACAUUUUUUUUUAUAGCAGAUUAAUGCUUGGAGAAUGUAAAGAGUCUCUCGUGAUACAUUAUGCUCAUAUUUUGUUCAACUUUAGUUAAUUUCAAUCUAAUAAAGUGUAAUGUGUUGGUUAUGAAAGAAAGCACGAAGAUAUAAAUAUGGCUGCCCCCACGGUCAGAUCAUGUUUUCGAAAUAAUUUACAGAGACAAUUUUCAAUAGACCGGAUAUGGGGUAAACAAAGUGCAAAUCAUAUUUUACAAACUUAUUGUAUUUCGAACACUCAGCAUCAUGUUUACCAUGCUACACCUGCAUGUUUAAAGAAGAUUAAUAGCAAAUAUAGCAAUGCGAAUUUAAGACAAUUAUUCAUCAACAAAACUUUAGACGAUCAUGUACCUGUAGUAACGGCGACCAAGAAAUCACUUCUGAUAGAAGUAUGGAAACCUAUGACGGUAAAACAAUUAGCAGACUCUGCCAAAAGGGAUAUCGAGGAUGUUCUUGAAGUCCUGUGUCUUGAGAAUACAAGAACAUCGUAUGUAGCAGAUACUUUUUUAACAAGUUUUGAGUUAAUAUCCAAUGUUGUCAGAAAACUAGGUGGAAAUCCUAAAUUAAUUGCAUCACCGGAUAAUAGGAAAGCAGAAGUAAAAUAUAAGGAUAUCGUUAAGAGUUCUCCGCCCGACGAAUCUGUAUUAGUAAAACGACACCCAGUUGUAACAAUCAUGGGACAUGUCGACCACGGCAAAACUACGUUAUUGGAUGCGCUACGUAACACAUCGGUCGUAGAAACGGAAUUUGGAGGAAUUACACAACACAUAGGUGCUUUUGAUGUGACAUUGAAGUCUGGAGACAGAGUAACAUUUCUGGAUACUCCCGGACAUGCUGCUUUUGCGUCUAUGCGAUAUAGAGGUGCACAUAUUACAGAUAUUAUAGUAUUAGUAGUAGCAGCUGAUGAUGGUGUUAUGGAACAGACUUUGCAAAGUAUAAAAAUGGCAAAAGAUGCAAAUGUUCCGAUUAUCGUGGCUAUCAAUAAAAUUGAUAAACCUAAUGCUGAUAUUAAACGGACGCAAAAUAUGCUUGCAGAGAAUGGUAUUUUAGUUGAAGAUCUUGGUGGAGAUACACAGUGUAUUAACAUAUCUGCUUUAAAGGGAACCAAUUUAGAAAAUUUAACGGAAGCCAUAGCCUUGCAAGCUGAACUGAUGGAUUUGAAAGGAGAUCCUGUGGGAUUAGUGGAGGCUGUUGCUAUUGAAUGUUCUAAUCACGUUGGUCGCGGAAAAUUAGUAACAGCUUUGAUUCAUCGUGGCACUUUAAGGAAAGGCUGUUUAAUAGUGUCUGGAUUGGCAUGGGCAAAAGUGAGAGCUAUGUUUAAUGAAUCUGGACGUUCAAUUUUGGAAGCCAGACCAUCAGAAGCGAUACAGAUUAUUGGAUGGAAAGACUUACCCAAUGUUGGAGAUGAGAUAUUGGAAGUAAAAAACGAUAAAGAAUUGCAAAUGGUUCUAAAAUUUAGACAAAAUCAACAGAAUGAGACUUUGGCUAAGGAACAUAAUGAGGCUGCUGAUAAGAAGAACCAAGAACAUCUUAAGCAAUAUAAAAAAAUUUUAUCACUAAGGAGAGAAUUCGGGAAAAUACAACCGAUAUUUAAAACAUUUAAACACAUUCGUCGUUCUACUUCUAAGGAAACGGUGAAUACGACUCCUGAGGUUAAUGUUAUUAUAAAAGGUGAUGUGGCAGGAAGUGUCGAAGCCAUAUUAGAUCUGUUUGACACGUAUACAGAUAACGAACUUUGUCGUUUAAAUAUUGUUCAUUACAACAUUGGACCCGUCACUGAAACAGAUUUAGAAUUAGCAAAAACGUUUAAUGCAAUUAUUUAUCAUUUUAAUGUAAAUAUACCCAGUAAAUUGGAAAAAGAAGCCAAGGAAAAGGGCAUAUCUGUUCGAAAAUAUAAUGUUAUAUAUAAACUGUUCGAUGACAUUAAAAACGAAAUUAAUAGUAAUUUGGGUGAAAUUCAUGUCGAAGAAAAAAUAGGCGAAGCAAGCGUGUUGAAAAUGUUUGAGAUCACAGACGGAAAGAAAAAAGUUAAUGUUGCAGGUUGUCGUUGUACAGCUGGUGUUCUGCAAAAAUCUGCAAUAUAUCAUUUAGUAAGGAAUGGGGAAAUUAUUUACACAGGAAAAUUAACGUCGAUGAGACAUUUGAAAGAGGAAGUGUCAUCGAUCCAAAUUGACGUCGAGUGUGGUCUUAGAUUUGAAGAUAUAACCAUGGAAUUCCAGCCUAAUGACACUCUUGUCUGUUUCAACCAGAAGAAAGAGCGUCAAACAAUUAACUGGGAACCUGGAUUUUAG